ACAGUGUUUCAAAGGACACGUAUUUCCCAUUGUAUUCCCACUGUAUUUAACGAUAAGGUAGACGCCAUUAACAUCUUCAACCAUAAUUUCCAUAGAUAUUUUUCCUGAAAAAAAAUCACCCUGAGUUUAUCAAUAAUCGAAAACCUGUUAAAAUCUUCAAAUCUUGCAGAAUCCAACUCCUGUAAAUUGAAUUAUCAUCAAAGCGGUAAUGGCUUCUUCGGAAUCUCACAACACCACAGGGAGCGGAGAAGGGAAGAAGCAUUCAACGAGCGAGCUUAUGGCAAGCGCAAAACUGGUAGCAGAGGCAGCACAGUCAGGUUUCGGGCCAGGACCUGAUGGGAAGGCGGUGGACAAAGGGAAGGUGGCUGAUGCAGCUGGAGAUCUUCUAGAUGCAAUUGGUGAUUAUGCCAAAUUGGAUGAUCAGAAAGGGUUAGGACAGUACGUUGAUAAGGCUGCUGAUUAUCUUCAUCACUAUCAUCCCACCACCGCCGCCGCUGCAACUGCUGAUCAUCCAACUUCCAAACCGGAUCACCACAAAAGCGAUGAUACUGCCAAAACCGACGGUGGAGAAUCAGGUGGACAUGGCCAUGGCCUUGGUGAUUUUGCAAAGGCUGCAGGAGGUUUCUUUCAUAAAUGAAAAGAAAUAUCAUUGAUUUAGACUCCGCAUAUUGUAUUGAUCCGUAAAAGAGACUAUGUUUGAACCAAGGUCCUUCCCAGUUUGUGUAUGUUUUAACUAAUUCUGUUGUAUGUAAUUAUUCAAUCAUGUUUCCUUUCUUGUAUUUAAUUUAGUCUCUUUUGGCUACAUGUAAUUUCGUUCCUGUCUAGCAUGACACUUUGUUCUUGUGUCCUGUUUCCUGUUUAGUAACAUAACAACUUCAUUAGACAGUUAUUAUGGUUAUGACUAGUGGCUUCCUAGUUGAAAGUUGGAAUUCAGAGAUUUAUGUCACGAAUAAUAUGUUAGAUUUGAGAUUUCAUUUUUAUGAUAACUUCAUCCAUUCUUUUUGUCUGUUUAA